AAGUGACGUAAGUAACUAGAAUAACUAGAAUAGCAUGUUACAAGCGCGCUACAAGUUUAGGAUGAACAAUUUAUAUUACCUGAUAUUACUGAUGUUUUGAGGAAGAAAAGUUUCGAAAUGUCAACAAUGACGAGAGUAGCGUUUCUCCAACGAUGGGGAAAGUAUUGGAAGAAUCUUUAUAUAGAUUAUAAAGAAUCAGCAUUAGGUGCUGCUAAAGAUUGUAAAGAACAUCCUGUUAGAACAUCUAUUUAUUUUUCUCUUUUAGGAUCGUGUGUAUAUCUGCACAGGCAUAAUCCAGAUGAGUGUUCCUUCAAAGAACAUUUAUUACAAAAUACCAUGAAAAUAAUGCAAGUGGGAGAAGCUAUACGUAAUCCAAUCUCUGAACAAUAUGUACAAUGGUUAGGUCAAUGUUACAAUGAAGGAAUUGUGCGGCGGAUGAAUUUAGGUAUAGUUAGUUUAAUCUGGUUAGAUGACUAUGACAAAAUGUGUUCCUUGUACAAAGCUGCUUGUCCUUACUUAAAAACACGAUAUCUAACCUUUUAUCAAAGAGUGGUAGAUAUUGGAUUUUUAGAUAAAUGGUGGAUCUUAGAGAAUAAAAUGGAAGAUUACGAUGUAAAUGAAGCACAAUUUAGUGAUGUAAAAUAUAAAUAAACAUAAAAAUGAAAAAAAA